GGAAGGGAGGAAGGAAGGAAGGAAAGAAGGAAGGAUGGAAGGCAGUGGACGUGGAUGCUCUGUUGGUUGGUUGCUGGAUCCACAUCUCUCCACACUAGAACCAUAGGAGAGCUUCAUUAGCGCUCAGCCUUUUAGGCGUCCCAGCUGCUGCUGCAUCCUGCAUCCUGCAUCCUGCAUCCUACAUCCUACAUCCUUUGCUUAUUACCGGAGCCGAUGAAUUUAAAAGCGUCGUUUGAGAGCCAGCUUGCGUCGGUCGCCCUGCCAAGCUGUGGAGCAGCGAUACCGAGCGGCUAAAGUCUGCUGUGUGAACCCACACACGUACACAAAAGAGGCAAACUAUGCCAGCAGCAACAGAGUCACGCCCCCUGGAGACUUGCCAGCUCAUUGGUCAGACCACUGUGCCCCCCACUAGCACCCCUCUCCACACUGGCAGAUCCAUGCUGCUGGGUGCUCCUCACAGAGCCACACCCGCACCAUGAGCGCCAACGGGCCCACCCCAGACCCAGCCCCGACAGCCCCAGAAGCCCCUCCGGCCUCGACACCUGCCCCUGCUCCGGCACCGGCACCUGCACCGGCACCUGCAGCACCACCUGCCCCGCCUGCCCCGCCUGCCGCGCCUGCCCCUUCAUCCUCGACCAUCCCAGUGGGAGCGUUGGCACAGAAGAAGCGGCAGCAGUAUGCCAAAAGCAAGAAGCAGGGCAGUAACGCCAACAGCAGGCCGCCGAGGGCUCUGUUCUGCCUCAACCUCAACAACCCCAUACGUAGGGCCUGCAUCAGCCUGGUGGAGUGGAAGCCAUUUGAUAUCUUUAUACUCAUCGCUAUUUUUGCCAACUGUAUGGCCUUAGCUGUCUACGUCCCUUUCCCCGAAGACGAUUCCAACUCCACCAACCACGACCUGGAGACAGUGGAGUAUGCCUUCCUCAUCAUUUUCACAAUCGAGACCUUUCUGAAGAUUAUCGCUUACGGUUUGGUGAUGCAUCAGAAUGCCUACGUGAGAAACGGAUGGAACAUGCUGGAUUUCGUCAUCGUGGUCAUCGGACUCUUCAGUGUGGUCUUGGAGAUCCUGACCAAAGAUGAGAAGUUAGAAGGUGAAGGAGAGGAGAACCACCCGUCCAUGCACGGUCACGGUGGGAAGCCCGGCGGAUUUGACGUGAAAGCCCUUCGAGCCUUCCGUGUGCUGCGACCCCUGCGGCUGGUCUCAGGAGUACCCAGUUUACAAGUGGUGUUGAACUCCAUCAUUAAAGCCAUGGUCCCUCUCCUUCAUAUCGCCCUCCUGGUCUUGUUUGUCAUCAUCAUCUAUGCUAUUAUCGGCCUGGAGCUUUUCAUCGGGAAAAUGCACGCCACCUGCUAUCUUCCUGGCUCAGAAAUGCUAGCAGAGGAGGAUCCCGCUCCAUGUGCGAUCUCAGGGCACGGGCGGCAAUGCCCCAUCAACGGCACCGAGUGCAGAGAAGGCUGGCAAGGCCCCAACGGCGGCAUCACCAACUUUGACAACUUCCUGUUUGCCAUGCUGACGGUGUUCCAGUGCAUCACCAUGGAAGGCUGGACGGACGUGCUGUACUGGAUGAACGAUGCUAUGGGCUUUGAGCUUCCAUGGGUGUACUUUGUCAGUCUUGUGAUCUUCGGCUCCUUUUUUGUUCUUAACCUGGUUUUGGGUGUGUUGAGCGGAGAGUUCUCCAAGGAGAGAGAGAAGGCCAAAGCUCGUGGAGACUUCCAGAAGCUGCGUGAGAAGCAGCAGCUUGAGGAGGACCUGAAGGGGUACCUGGACUGGAUCACUCAGGCUGAAGACAUCGACCCUGACAACGAGGACGAGGCGGACGAGGAGUGUAAACGCAACCGAGUGACUCUGGCUGACCUAACUGAGAAGAAGAGAGGAAGGUUUGGGUGGUUCAGCCAGUCGUCCGACACUCAUGCGAGCGCUCCAGCCAGCGAAACAGAGUCUGUCAACACCGAGAACCAAAACGGGGAGGAUGAGAAGACGCCAUGCUGCGGACCACUGUGUCGGCGCUGGCGCCGCUGGAACAGGUUCUGCCGCAGGAAGUGCCGGUUGGCUGUCAAAUCGGUGCCUUUCUACUGGCUGGUCAUCAUCUUGGUUUUCCUCAACACGCUCACCAUAUCGUCAGAGCACUAUAACCAACCCUUGUGGCUGACGCAAGUGCAGGAUGUGGCCAACAAGGUGCUGUUAGCGCUGUUCACGUGCGAGAUGUUGGUGAAGAUGUACAGCCUGGGCCUGCAGGCCUACUUUGUGUCGCUCUUCAACCGCUUUGACUGCUUUGUGGUGUGUGGAGGAAUCACAGAGACCAUCCUGGUGGAGCUGGAGAUCAUGUCGCCCCUCGGCAUCUCCGUGUUCCGCUGCGUUCGCCUGCUGAGAAUUUUCAAGGUCACACGUCACUGGCAAUCGCUCAGCAACCUGGUGGCUUCCCUCCUCAACUCCAUGAAGUCCAUCGCUUCCCUUCUGCUGCUGCUCUUCCUCUUCAUCAUCAUCUUCUCCCUGCUGGGCAUGCAGGUCUUUGGCGGAAAGUUCAACUUUGACGAGACCCAAACCAAGAGGAGCACCUUUGACAACUUCCCCCAAGCCCUGCUCACCGUCUUUCAGAUCUUGACCGGAGAAGACUGGAACGCUGUGAUGUACGACGGGAUCAUGGCGUACGGAGGGCCUUCAUCUUCGGGGAUGAUCGUGUGCUUUUACUUCAUCAUCCUCUUCAUCUGCGGAAACUAUAUCCUCCUGAAUGUCUUCUUGGCUAUCGCUGUGGACAACUUGGCAGAUGCGGAGUCCCUCAACACGGAUGAAGGAGACAAGAAAGGGGACAAGAAGGAUGAGAAAGAUGAGAAGGUAUGUUCUUGUCAUUCCAACAUGGUUUGGGAAUUCCAAGUUAAAGCACAAGUUGAAGCAGUUUCCACAUCCAUCCAGGACGAAGAGGAGGACAACGACAACACUGCAGAAGAAGAAGAAGAACCGGAAGUGCCAUCAGGACCUCGGCCGGCCAUCUCCGACUUGGUAAAGAAGGAGAAGAUCACGCCGAUCCCAGAGGGAAGUGCCUUCUUCAUCUUCAGCAACACCAACCCGGUUCGCGUCUUUUGCCACAAGCUCAUCAAUCACCACAUCUUCACCAACCUCAUCCUGGUCUUCAUCAUGCUCAGCUCCGUCUCACUAGCUGCAGAGGAUCCCAUCCGGAACUUCUCCGCUCGCAAUAUUAUACUUGGUUACUUUGACUAUGCUUUCACGGCUAUCUUUACUGUUGAGAUCGUUUUGAAGGUCCUAGGCUAUGCAGAUUUUGUCUUCACUAGUAUGUUUACAUUUGAGAUCGUAUUGAAGAUGACAACAUACGGAGCUUUUCUCCAUAAAGGAGCUUUCUGCAGGAAUUACUUCAACCUCCUGGACUUGUUAGUCGUGGGGGUGUCUUUAGUCUCCUUUGGCAUACAGUCAUCUGCCAUCUCAGUGGUGAAGAUUCUCAGGGUCCUCCGUGUCCUGAGACCCUUGAGAGCCAUCAACCGAGCCAAGGGCCUGAAGCACGUGGUGCAGUGUGUCUUUGUGGCCAUCAGAACCAUCGGCAACAUCAUGAUCGUCACCACUUUGCUCCAGUUCAUGUUUGCUUGCAUCGGGGUGCAGCUCUUCAAGGGAAAGUUCUACCGCUGCACCGAUGAAGCCAAGUCCAGCCCGGAGGAGUGCAAAGGCACCUACAUCCUCUACAAGGAUGGCGAUGUCAACCAGCCCGCCAUCCACAAACGAGUGUGGCACAACAGCGACUUCAACUUUGACAAUGUGCUCAUGGCCAUGAUGGCUCUCUUCACCGUGUCCACCUUUGAAGGCUGGCCUGCGUUGCUUUACAAGGCCAUCGACUCCAACAGGGAGAACCUGGGGCCCAUUUACAACUACCGCGUGGAGAUCUCCAUCUUCUUCAUCAUCUACAUCAUCAUCAUCGCCUUCUUCAUGAUGAACAUCUUUGUCGGUUUCGUCAUCGUCACGUUUCAAGAGCAAGGAGAGAAAGAGUACAAAAACUGUGAACUUGACAAGAACCAGCGUCAAUGUGUGGAGUACGCCCUGAAGGCUCGUCCUCUGAGGAGGUACAUCCCCAAGAACCCGUACCAGUACAAGUUCUGGUACGUGGUGAACUCCACUGGGUUUGAGUACAUCAUGUUUGUGCUCAUCAUGCUCAACACGCUCUGCCUGGCGGUGCAGCACUACGGCCAGUCGGCGCUCUUUAACUACGUCAUGGACAUCCUCAACAUGGUCUUCACGGCUGUUUUCACUGUGGAAAUGGUUCUCAAGCUCAUUGCUUUUAAACCCAGGCACUAUUUUGCUGAUGCUUGGAACACUUUUGAUGCCUUAAUUGUCGUCGGUAGCGUCGUCGACAUUGCUAUCACUGAAGUGAACCCAACAGAGACUCCUCAGGUGGAUGAACAGGGGAACACGGAGGACAGCGCCCGCAUCUCCAUCACCUUCUUCCGUCUCUUCCGGGUCAUGCGGCUUGUCAAGCUGCUCAGCAGAGGCGAGGGUAUCCGUACUCUCCUUUGGACCUUCAUCAAAUCUUUCCAGGCUCUGCCGUAUGUGGCUCUUCUGAUCGCCAUGUUGUUCUUCAUCUAUGCUGUCAUUGGGAUGCAGGUCUUUGGGAAGAUCGCGAUGGUGGAUGGCACGCACAUUAACAGAAACAACAACUUCCAGACCUUCCCUCAGGCUGUGCUCCUCCUCUUCAGGUGUGCUACUGGGGAGGCGUGGCAGGAGAUCAUGCUGGCUUGCAUGCCGGGGAAACUAUGUGACCCCGAGUCAGACUACAACCCCGGCGAGGAGAUGACGUGCGGCAGUGGAUUUGCAAUCAUUUACUUCAUCACCUUCUAUAUGCUCUGCGCCUUCCUGAUUAUCAAUUUAUUUGUGGCCGUCAUCAUGGACAACUUUGACUACCUGACGAGGGAUUGGUCCAUUCUUGGUCCACACCAUCUGGAUGAAUUCAAGAGAAUUUGGUCGGAGUACGACCCAGAAGCCAAGGGAAGAAUUAAGCAUCUUGACGUGGUGACACUUCUCCGGAGAAUCCAGCCGCCUCUUGGCUUUGGAAAACUGUGUCCUCACAGAGUGGCGUGCAAGAGGCUGGUGGCUAUGAACAUGCCUCUGAACAGCGACGGCACCGUCAUGUUUAACGCUACUCUCUUUGCGUUGGUGAGAACGGCCUUGAAGAUAAAAACAGAAGGUGAAAAUCCAGCGAGAAGAAGGGAAAAGUCACCUCCGCUUGAAACCAGUGAUCUUAUCUGCUCAUUUCUUCAUGUUGCAGGUAAUCUGGAACAAGCCAACGAGGAGCUUCGAGCCGUCAUCAAGAAAAUCUGGAAGCGAACCAGUAUGAAGCUGCUGGAUCAAGUGGUGCCGCCUGCUGGCGAUGAUGAGGUAACCGUGGGGAAGUUCUAUGCCACCUUCCUGAUACAGGACUACUUUAGGAAAUUCAAGAAACGUAAAGAGGACGGCCUGGUGGGUGCGCACCCCUCCCAGAACAGCACGGCCAUCGCACUACAGGCUGGCCUCCGCACGCUCCAUGAUAUUGGGCCUGAAAUACGCCGAGCGAUAUCAUGUGACCUGCAGGAUGAUGAACUAGUAGACUUUAUACCAGAGGAAGACGAGGAAAUUUAUAGGCGUAACGGCGGACUCUUUGGCAACCACCUCAUGAACGGAGGUCAUCGGCAGUCCAACAGCCACCAGACCAACGCCACGCAGCGUCCCCUGCAAGUGCAGCCGCCCCCUCACUACGCUCACAUGGAGCAACCGGUGGGUCGGCUGUCCCGAGCCAACGCCAUGUCCCACGGCAACCACCGUCAUCACCGCCAUCACCACCACCACCAUCACCGCCACCACAAUAACUCCUACGGCAAGUCUCUCAAAUCUACCAACAUCAACCUCAACAACGCCAACAAGUCCAGUUUGCCCAACGGGGGGCAUCAUCGCUACUACCAACAUGCGCCACCCAAUGGCUACCCGGGUCAUCGGGGUUCCUACUAUGACUAUGAAAAGCCCCGCACUCCACAAGCUCAAAGAAGGCGCUACUAUGAGACCUAUGUUAGGUCCAACGGAGGGGAUAGACGCCAUCCCACCAUUUGCAGAGAGGAGGAAUUUGAUGAUGACCGCCUGUCUGGCGAGUAUUACAGCGGGGAGGAGUUUUAUGAAGAUGACAGUAUGCUAUCCGUGGACAGGUACCAGAACAGUGACACAGAGUAUGAGACUCCCAAAGGCUAUCAUCACCCUGACAGUUGCUAUGAUGAUGAUGAGCAGCCUCUCUACCGCGACUCCAGGAGGUCACCAAAAAGACGCUUGCUUCCUGCUACACCACAAGGUGUGCCAGGUCACAGGAGGCCAUCUUUCAAUUUUGAGUGUCUGCGCAGACAGAGUAGCCAGGAUGAGCUUCCACAUCAGCGCACUGCCCUUCCACUGCACCUGAUGCAGCACCAGGUCAUGGCCGUAGCGGGCCUGGACUCCAGCAGAGCCCACCGCCUCUCCCCGACACGCUCCACCCGUUCCUGGGCCACACCCCCCGCUACCCCGGCCAGUAAAGACCAGUCUCCGUAUUACACCCCUCUCAUCCGCGUGGACCGCGCUCAAAGGGAGAGCAUCGCCAGCAGCCAUGUGUCGGUGCGUAAGAGCUCCUGGUACACGGACGACCCCGACUUCUCGCAGAGGACGUACUCGCCCAUUCACCUGCAAGUGCCGCCUGACUACCACAACCACUACCAGAAGAGAGGCAGCGCCACUAGCCUUGUGGAAGCGGUUUUGAUAUCCGAAGGCCUCGGGAGGUAUGCCAAGGAUCCCAAGUUUGUUGCCGCCACCAAGCACGAGAUAGCAGACGCCUGCGAGAUGACCAUCGACGAGAUGGAGAGUGCGGCCAGCCACCUGCUGAAUGGCGGCAUGGCGCCGGUUAUCAACGGGGUCAACGUGUUUCCUCUGCUGCCUCCGGGGGACUACGAGCCGCAGGACCCGGCAGCCAGCUACAGCGACGAGGAGCCGGAGGCGGAACCCAGGGCUCCCUAUGAGGAGGACCUGGCAGAUGAGAUGAUUUGCAUCACAACUUUAUAGCAGGAGUCGAUCCAAUCAGUGGAAAUACAAGACAUGUUGCAUUCUUAGGCUCUGACCAAAAGAAGUGCCUUCAACACUGAGGAGACACGCCUGUCGUGUGAUUUUUGCAAAGAAAAGUUCUCUUCCUGCCAGCAAAGGACGUCACAGCCCUGCGGAGCACCGAGGGAGCCGACCUGACCUUCCUGUCAAAGGGCUUGGGCCUGGGGGUCCGGGCAGAGAGCAGCAAGCGUGGAGGACGCUCUUGAGGGCUGCUCGGUUAAGGUGAUGACAAUCAGAUGUACGAUGUCAUUACCUCAGUCACUUUAUUAAGGUUUGGCAUAUCAUGCAAGUUUUCAAUGCAAAACAUACAAAGGCAACCCCCCCACCCUGCCCCCACCCCACCUCUAGUCUCUCUCGUCCUUUAACUCAAUGGAUCCCCUCGUCUGUGGUUCGUGCUCCCAACACAAUAUGCAGGAACUAACAUCCAACUUUUGAGUGAUAAAUGCACUAGCAGGCACACUUAAGAAGAUUUCAUAGUUGUAAACUGUAGGAUAUGAUGCCACACUCUUUGUAAAGAGAUAUUCUAUAUUUGGUAAUUAUGAUCAGCAAUAUGGACCAUACUGAUGUGCUCCAAAAGCACUGCUUAGCUCCCCUUUCAUCUGUGCUCAUGUUCGGCCCUUUUUUCCACGCCUAAAGGAUCACAUGGAAUCGAUCGUGAUUUCAGUGCAUUUUUGCUGGAGGUUUUGCAUGUGCACGAUGUCGUGCACUGGGACCUCCAAAGUCUUUUUACCACCUCGGUUGACUUGCAAGUCAUUUUCAUGCAAGAAAUGAGGUCAAGGGAAUUGAUUUGCUAAUUGCAGCCAUUUUGAAACCUUUGCAAAGUGCCACACAAGUUAAAAGUAAAUGAAAGUAAAGCUACUCUUUUUACAAUGUCUGACACAGACUAAUACUGACACCUAGUGGCGUCUUAUAGGUACUGCUAGAAUUAUAACGUGAAAAGUUGUUAAUUUGGUGAAAUUCAAAUUUGAUUAAGUGUAUAAUAACAGGAAGACAAAAUAAAUACUAUUGGCCAGAGAACAGGGAGGGAGGCGUUUGUAAGCAAUACUGACACCUAGUGGUCAUUUAAGGUAACUGCUGAAUCAAAAAGAUAGAAGGGCGAUUGACUCACACAAACCAUUGCAAGACACGUGAAGAAACGCGUUUAUGGUCCAAUACUGCCACCUAGUGGCAUCUUUUGGUCCUGUUGGAUUAAUAAGCGUGUCCAAAAUAUACAUUUGUUGUAGUGUAGAUGCUUGUUGAGUCUCUUAUAGGACGUCGCUUGGUGCAAAUGAGUUUUGUUUGACAUUUAAGGGCAAAAUUAUGGCAAAUUGUUCAACUUUUGUGGCAUUUUAUUUUGAAGGUUUCAUUGCGUGGCGUAAAGUGGAGCCCCCUUUUAUCCAUACAGCACUUGUUUACCUUGUUUAAAAAAUGCAAAAAUGCUGCUUUUGGUUGUUAGUUUAGAUUGGAAGAGAGACAAUAGUAGAUAUGAUGGUUGCCCCCCUGAUUUUUUUUGCAUGUUUGCAUCAUGAAAGAAAUGUAAAUAUUAGUCAAUGACAACUCAGCAGAAUUUAUGCUUUGCUUUUAGCAAAACACCCCCAGACCAUCACACUACCACCACUAUAUUUGACUCUUUCAAAAUGUUAAAAUUUUGAGUAUUUUCCCAAAGGUCUUGGGGAUCAUUCAGAUGUUUUCCCAGUUUUGAUGGUUUUGAUCUUGGAACUGGUUUUUGCCCAGUGCCUUUCUUCUGGUGGUGUCAUGAACAAUGACCUUAACUGAAGCGAGUGAGGCCUGCGCUUCUUUUGAUGUUGUCAUGGGGUCUUUUGUGACCUGUUGGAUGAGUCGUGGCUGCUCUCUUGGGGUCAUGUUGGUUGGCCGACCACUCCUGGGAAGGUUCACCACCAUGUUUGUGGAUAAUAGCUCUCACUGUGGUUGGCUGGAGUCCCAAAGCAUUAGAAAUGGCUGUAGAAUCUUUCUGUGUUCAGUUGUGUUGACUUCAUAUUGACUAAUAUUUAAUAUUUCAUUUUGACAAACAUGCAAAAAAAGGGGGCAAAGCCUUGAUGAGAAAAGACUUUCUAUGGAACGUGUCAGUGGAUGAGGAGGAGACGUCCUGUGGGAUGUUGGCGAGACGGACCCCCAUCCCGGUCUCUCUGGGCCUGUCUGGCGUCACGUAUACCUCGUCUGACGGGGAGGCGACAACAUAUCAUGGUCUCGGUGUGCCCGUGUCACAGCGUCCCUCCAAACAGGGUCGAACAUACGGACGAUGUCUGAUGACGUGACAAGAAUCACCGAUAUUUCCGUCUUUUCAUCCUUCCAUUUUCGCUCCUGUCGUGUUAGCUUGGCUUGAAAGGAACUCCGGUUUGCUCUGCUGGAACCCGGCGGAACCCGGCAGAACCCAGACCCCAUGAGGGUCUCCGUCUAAGUCAGUUCUGGUGCGGUUGGCUUCAUUUGAGUUCACAUGAACGGAUCUGUGUUGAAAUCCAUGUUCAUGGAUCAUUCUGUCUGUUCUCCUGCUCUCUCUGUGGUAUGUCUGGGCUCGCCUGCCUGCCUGCCUAGCAGGUGGUGGGCAGCUGCUGGAUCACAUGACAGUAAAUCAAACACAAGGGAGCUUAAGUAUCCACCCUUUUGAUGAUAUUAUCGAUAUUUGGAUCCAGCGUGAACGCCAAAUGAAGCCAACCUAAAAUGUGCAGCAGAAGUGACCUUUUUUUCUUUUUGUGUGUGAACGCAACGCAGCUGUCCCGACCUUGUAGAUUCUGUCCCAACUUUGUGUGCACUUUGAAAGGGCUCUUUGAAUUGUUUGUGAGUUGAAAAAAAAAAAAAAAGAAGCCAAAAGGGUGUUUUCAUCCUUUUGCGGAUGCCAAAAGGAAAGCACAUGAAGCGGCACAUCGUAGUCUUCGUAGCAAAUGAAGUGAAGAUAUGCAUUCUUUUACACUAAAGAUGAAAUGAACUUACUUUUACCUCAUGUCAGGGAUUCCUGAAGAAGAAGAAGAAGAAGAAGAAAAAAUAAGAGUACAUAGUGAGCACUAAUGAUAUUUCAAUAUUAGCACAUAGCUGUUUGUCUUUGCACAAGUAUUAAGUGUAUUGUGCUUUUCUUCCUCCUUUUUCUAAACUCAUUUGUGUAUGAAGGGUCGGAGCGUUUUUUCUACUCUUUUUGUGACGUACACGCUUUGCUGGAGUUUGUCACUCACACGUCAUCUCGCAAUGUCGACAGUGACGGAAAAAGAUGUGCUCUGCUGGGACACGCUAAACAAAUGUCCAGUUUACAGCAAAACGUGACCUUUAGUGCGGCGGCACGCAGGGACAAAACGCUCAACCGCAUACAAACACACAAAAAAACACAACGGCAAAGUACGGCAAAUUCACCAAACCGACCCCACGGGUGUCCGAAUCCUAAAGGAUGACACUUGGCUGCUUGCUUUGUGACUGAAAAGCAGAUUGGUAAUAUCCGCUUCACCCGUCAAUAUUUCUUGGAAUAUGACUUUAUUCACUUUAUCAUCUUAUUUUUCUCUUUUAAAAAAAAAAACUUUCUUAGUUUUUCAUCAUCUGGACACUUUACAACAAAGACACUCUCAAAUGUAAUUUUGACUCUUUUUUUUUUUGACCAAUAUAGUUUCUUCACAUUUAUUUUUAUUUUUUUUCACAUUUAUAUUUUCUUCACAAAAAAAUGACAUCUCUUUAUAUCCAUUUCAAAUUUAUUUUCAACUUUUAACCCAGAAUAUUUUGACUUUCUCAUCUAAUUUUUCUAUGAAUUAUUUGAUUCUUGAAUAUUAUAACUUUAACAGUCCAAGAUGAGGUUAAUUUUUAUAAGAUUUUGACUUUUUUGGAAUUUUUUUCACUUAUAUUUUAACUUUUUUUUUAUACAUUUUUCAUUCCAUUUUUACUGCUGCUGUUGGAUUUCCUCUUUAAAAUUUUCUGCUAAAUUAUAUUUUAGAAAUGCGCCCCAGGCCGCAAACGGCCCCCAGGCUGCACAUUGGACACCCGUGACAUCAAUGCUGCAGAAUGGAAAAACAACUGCAAAUGAAAAACACUGAAAAUGCAAAAAAUAAAAAACUGCGUGAGAAACAGUUUAUGAUUUUUCUUUUGCGUUUGUUUGUGAUCCUGCAGCAUCGCCGUGGCAACAACAUUUCGAAUUUGCAGCAUUUUCCCCUGGCUGGUCAUUUGGAUCAUUUCCGUGUUUGUUGUGUGCUUUGCCCCCCCCCCCCCCCGUCGGCCGCCGUAGCUUUUUUGUUUCCUUGGUACGGUUCUAAACACCGACUUUUCUUCAUGUUCUGAAAGCAAGCUGCAUUCAAAGACCAGAUGUAAAAUAGGACAAAAGAGCCGUGCUAAUAAUGUUCUCUACUUGAAAGUCUUGAUAUUUUGCUUUUUAUUUUUUUUCUCUUUGAUUUCCAUCAAUCUUAGUAGCAAAUGCGUGAAUAUAACUUGAUGGUUUUGUAACAAUGCAUUCUCUCUUUUUUCUAUUUCUCAUUUAAUCUGUGUUUUUUUUUUAUUAUCAUGGAAUAAAGUUGUGCCGAGUCAUG